AACAAGCGAAUCGGCGGGUGAGGCGCUCGUGCAAGGCUCAGCCAGCUUUCCUUCCGGUUCGCGGGGUCCUCACCGGCACUGCUUUUUGGAAUUCCGAAAGAACCCCUCGGGCCCCGUCGGUGUGGACAUCUUCGACUCGUCAGGGUUUUUCCAGGUGCCAGCGUGUGCUAACUUUGGAGGUUACCGUCCACGCCUUUGGAGGGAAAGCACACAGGCUACCUCUACGCGCCUGCCGUCCCAGGAACCAGCUGACUGAGCAGCGGAAUGAUGGGAGACGACACGAGCUUCUACUCGCAGCAAGAAGAUCCGAACGACUACGCGUCGAGCGUCUACUCCGUGGAGGACUUUCCGACUUCGGAAACAGCAAUAUUGACCGCGGUGGCCAGCCCUCAUUUGUGGUGUGCCUGUUCUGUCUGCUGUUCCUGGGCAUAGUCGCUCUUAUCAUUUUCCUCAUGUCAACGGUGAUCAUAGAUAUCGACGACAGGGACGACGGCGCCGGUGGCGGUGGUGGCGGCGUCGAGGAUGACAUCAAAGAUGUACCGUAUCCGGGCACCAUCUAUUCCAAGCCAACCGUUACUAAGCCUGUGACAUCCCGACCCUCACCACGACGACCCGCAACCACUCCUCAUGUGUCCACAGCUGCCCCGUCAAGACCAACACCGCCCGUUUCGUCAACCCUGCCACCAACAGUUGUGCUGCCACCGGUGUCCACAAUGUCGUCAAAUGCAAGGAUCAAGAGUACAGGAUACUCGAGAAGAAGUCCAUUGACCACUCCAACAACGACUACCGGGGCUACCACGACCACAACUAAAAAACAGGCUACUACGACCGCGAGAAUGUCGACAACUCCGACUACCUCAACCAGCCGCUUCCCGGAACUAAGGCAAAUGCUAUGCUCGGUGGGCCGUACUGCCAUCGCGGAGACCAUGUACCCACCCGAAGGUCUCUGCACAUACUUGUUCUACACUGACGUUGUCAUCGUGGACGCGAAGAUAGUUGCCGCAGCGGAGCGGAACAGCUGGAACGUGUUCCAAAUCAAGGCCAAGAAAUAUAACACGAUCAAGUCGGGUAUUGCUUUCGACCACAGGUACAUCAGCACGAAGCUAAUAUCUGAGGCCAUGGGCGAGCUGACUAUGCUGGCCACCAACAAGAUCGGAAGUUACGGCUUGCUGAAUAUUAUCACGAAGCCCACUGUACUUCACCAAACCGUGCUGGCCCUGAGGCCAGCUAUAGAAGCCCUCAAGAACAUCCAAGGCAGCGAUCCCGGCAAGACCACCGUGAUCGCGAUCGGAUCGUACGACUACAGUGGUUCCGGUUUUAUGGCCAAAUACAAGGAUAUAUUUGCAGAAGUCGUCGGCACAUUCAAGGCCGACAUAGUCAUCGCUAUCUCAUCGGUCGGAUCGAUGGAGAACGAGGCCAACUGCUACGCCGCACCGCCAAAUGUCCUCACCUCUCCGAUAUUAAGGUUCCCGAGCAUGGAGAGUCACUGGCCUCUCGUGCGCCACAACGCGACGUACGCGAACGGCGAAACGUUGGUGGGCCUGUCGUUCGAGAUGGGGGCACUGAUCUACGUCCUCAAACAAGAUGCGAAAAGCCUGAACGACAGCGCCUACGCCAGUUGCACGGAGGCCGGCAUGACGAGCCAAGAUGCGAUUUGCACAUUUUCCAAGAACGUCGACAAAAAGAACCAGUGGCUGAAAGAACCGUACAUGGUGUACGGCACAUUCAUCCACAAUAAUACAAAGAGGCACGUCGCCUUUUCCGAGUACUUCACAAGCCUUCGGGAAAAGUACACCAAAGCCGUUCGGAUAUUUGGAUCGCUCCAUCACCGAUCUGCGUUGUUGAUGUUCAACGUCCACCUGGGGGACGUCAGGAAGAAAUGCAGCGUUGACGCUUUCAGCGCCAUUGAAUGGAUCUGCCAUGACUUCUUAGGCCAGCGAAGUUGUGGCUGAAACGCCUUCCCAUCGUCUCCGCGCUGUACCUACACUCUCAUCUUGGUAACCUAUAAGUAUACCUAUAAACAUGAGUAACGAAUAAAAUAAC